AUGGGGGAUAUAAGGAUAGGGGACCCCAGGAUUAGAGAUGGGGGAUUACGAAUUGGGGGUGCAGGGGUGAAGUACCCCAAAAUUAGGGAUGGGGGUGCAGGGAUGAGCCUCACGCACGGCUACAUGACCGACGCCAAGAGGAUCUCGGCCACCUCCAUCUUCUUCGAGUCCAUGCCCUACAAGCUUGAUCCCAGCACAGGCCUGAUUGACUACGCGCAGCUGGAGGUGACGGCGCGGCUCUUCCGCCCGCGCCUGGUGAUCGCGGGCACCAGCGCCUACGCGCGGCUCAUCGACUACGCCCGCAUCAAGAGGGUGUGUGAGGAGGUCAAGGCGUACCUGCUGGCGGACAUGGCUCACAUCAGCGGGCUGGUGGCAGCCAAGGCCAUCCCGUCCCCCUUCGAGCACGCCGACGUCGUCACCAGCACCACGCACAAGACCCUGCGCGGCGCCAGGUCAGGAUUGAUCUUCUACCGCAAGGGCGUGCGCUCCGUGGAUAAGAAGACGGGCAAGGAGACGCUCUACGACCUGGAGGACAGGAUCAACUUCUCUGUGUUCCCCUCCCUGCAAGGGGGACCCCACAACCACACCAUUGCUGCUGUGGCUGUGGCCCUGAAACAGGCCAGCUCCCCAGCUUUCCGGGAGUACUGCCAGCAGGUGCUGAGGAACGCCAAGGCCAUGGCGCAGGCGCUGCUGCAGCGCGGCUACACCCUGGUGUCAGGUGGCACCGACAACCACCUGGUGCUGGUGGACCUGCGGCCCAAGGGCAUCGACGGGGCGCGGGCAGAGCGGGUGCUGGAGCUCGUCUCCAUCACCGCCAACAAGAACACGUGCCCGGGGGACAGGAGUGCUCUGACCCCGGGGGGGCUGCGCCUCGGUGCCCCUGCUCUGACCUCCCGCCAGUUCCGUGAGGAGGAUUUCCAAAAAGUCGUGGAGUUCAUUGACGAGGGCAUCACGCUGGCCCUGGACGUCAAGAGCAAAACCAGUAAGCUGCAGGACUUCAAGGCUUUCCUGCUGCAGGACCCGGAGACGCAGCGGCGCCUGGGCGACCUUCGCCAGCGCGUCGAGACCUUCGCUCGUGCCUUCCCCAUGCCCGGCUUCAGCGACCACUGAGGGGGGGGGACACCCCUCCUGCCAGGCUGUGGGGUCACUGGG